ACGUGCGGCCCCAAUUUUUUUUUUUAUCUGGCAAUACAGAUGCACGUUUAAUUUCAAUGGCGGUAAAUCACGUUGAAGGUUCUGAAGUUUCUAUUUUGGAAAUACAUGAUGAAACUUUAUCCCAUGGUGCACAAGCAACAUUUUCCUCCAGAAAUAGUUUUUUAACAUAUGGAGUGGAAAGAAAUGGAAAAAGGAAAGAUAUUCCCCAUACACAGUAUAUACACGAAAUUAUACCUAAAUCUUCUUUGUAUAAUGAAUAUGUCCGAAAACUGGUGAACGAAACUCAUGGUGUAUUUUUAUCUUUAAAUACAAGAGCUCAAACUUUUCAAGAUGGAAGGAAGAGCACAGAGAUAUUAAAAAUUAGCCAGCAGUAUCGUUGCAUUAUUUUAGCAUGUAUUGAAGAUUUGAAUUCUGCUUCAGAAUCCACGAGAGAUGAAGAACAUUUUGAACUACUUCAAAUGUUCUCUGACAUUGAGCUCCUCUGGCAUUUAUUACAGUCAUUGAUUAUUGAGACUCAUUCUGGUACCAGAGUUUUAUAUAAAUUGCUCGAAUGGAUAAAAUGGCAUUUUUUAUUUGCUGAACCCAAAAUGGAACAGAUAACUCAAGCUGAAGAACCAUCUCUUCACCCUGAAUAUUGGGAUACAAUAAUCCAGUUUUUACUGCAAGGAAAAAUUAUAUCAGCUAGAUCAUUAAUGUCUUUGCACCCCAAAUUUCAAAGAGAGGAUUUUCUUAGCCUUGAUGAAUUGCUCAGAAAUAUGCCCAUGUAUGCGCCUUCAACUGGAAUAUCACUAAAUGAAUUUCGUAUGAGGUGGACGCUUUGGCACGAAGAAUGUAAAGCAAGGCUUCAGAGAGGUGAAUUCUCUUCCGAAGUUGGUCUGGAAGAAAUAUGCAAAAUUCUGUGUGGUGAUGCUGAUAUGCUUACUACAAAAAGCUACCUAUGUGGAAAUUGGUAUCAUCUUAUGAUAUCUGUAUUAUUUUAUACAGAUCCAUGUAUAAAUAUUUCAUCUCUUGGAGAUACUGCCAGAGCUUAUUACAACAAUGUUGCAUGUAAUGGUUGGAAUAAGUCAAACUUGGUAGAUUCUAUCAUUCUUGCUGCCUUUGAGUUUGACAUAAUGAAUGUCCUUAAUUUAGCUUGUUCAAUUAAUGAUGGCUGGUGGUUUGCUGUUCACAUAACAGACCUUCUCACACAUGGAGAUUAUAUUGACUUAAAGAUGCAGCUAAAUUCAUCACAGAAUUACAGAGAAUUCCUCAUUAAGAAUUAUGCUGAUACACUAAUGUCACAUAGUAGUUUAUGGCAGAUUGGACUAGACUAUCUUGAUCACUGUCAAAUCAAUGCUCGUGCAUUACAAGAAAUUUAUUUAGAAAGAAUACCAUUGCAAACAGAAGCUAAAGCUAGAAAAAUACUUUUUUUGGCUAAGAAAAGAAAUAUGGAUAAUUUAGUGAAAACUAUUGCCAAUGUGAUGACAUCAAAAGCUAUAGCAAAUGGGAAGCUUGAAACUGCGUUAACAUGGGUUGCACACUCAAAGGAUGUUCACUUUGCAGAUGAAUUGGCAAACAGGUGGCUAAGAGAGUAUGUGGAAAGAAGAAAUAUUGAAGGCUUUGAAAUUUUGAAAGAUAUGGGAUCAUGCAUGUUAGUCAGUGAUAAGUUAACAUUUGUAGGAAAAUACUGUGAAUUUCAUAAACUUUAUAGUGAAAAUGAAUAUAAAUUAUCAGCUUCAUUAUUAUUAUCUUUAAUAUCAUCUGGAUUGGCACCUCCCAAUUUUCAGAUGAUCAUGCUGCUAGAUGCCUUGCCACUUUUAGAAGCUCCAGAUUUGAUCUUUUCAAGCAAAGAAACUUAUCAAUUGAUGAAAUGUUUAGAAGACUGUGUUUUAUAUAAAGAACAAGUGACUGUAAGUUUUUAUACUUUUUCCAUCAGUAAUUUGAAGCGUAUUUUCGAACAUCUGAUUUUAUUACAAAUAUAAAUUCAGUAAUUGUUA